UCUGGCAAUCACACAGAGUUGAAUUGAUGACCGGUAGGUGGCUCUGCACGUGGUCAAAAAGUUUGACGUUUGGCUGGGGCAUGGAGAAAAAAAAAUAAGUUUCUCAUUUCUCCUUCGGGCUUGCGCUGGUAGUGCAGCUGGAAUAUAAAGGAAAAGAGGGGAAAAAGAAGAAGAAGAAGUAAGAAAAAAAGGUGGGCUUGUUUCUAGCUGCACCGGGUGUAAAUGCUGUGCUGUCAUGUAAAAAGGAAAGAAAAGCCCUGCGGAUUUGGAAACUCGACCGUGUUUGCAAUCAGAGAGUCUCAGACUUCUCUCUCCAACUGUGUGUGUUGUGAGCUCAGAGUGUCCGGCAGCGGAGUAAUUAGACGCUCCGAGUUGCUGGCUCUGUUAAAAGACGAGCUGCUGUGUGUGGUGUUGAAGAAGAAGAAGAAAAGGGUGUUCUCUCGUUCGUUCGUUCGUGCCAGUCACGGCACACACACAAGACUGUGUGGAAAAGAAGAAAACGGCGUGGAUAUGACAUUGAUUUUGUGGUGGAAAACUAAUCAGAGAAUGACGAAGGCAGCAACCGAUCGAGUUGACUGACGCCGAAGGUUGACGUUUGUCUGGGGAGCUCCAGGAAUUGCAACAUUGGAUAACAAAGAAGACUGUCAAAUUUAAGCUCUAUCGACUAGUGAAAACUGAAACAGACAAAAGUUUUGAACGAGAAAAAGAAGAAGAAGCUCAGAGAUGUCAUCGUCCGUUCGGGCCGAGUUUAUGAGCCGGCCCGGUCGCCAUGUUAACAAUUCCGCCCUGCAACCACAACAACACGGUCAACAUCGUGAUAAGGGACGGCCGCUUAGCCAGCACUCUAACGGUGAGGACGGCCAACAGUCUGCCACGGCCAAAAGUGUCGUCGGGGCCAAAGUCUCUCAGCUGGCCCAUCUCUUUCAGAGCCGCUCCAAGGAAGCAGAGGCGGCCAUUCCAAUAGCGACGACAACAACAACCAUUUCGCCCAGCGCCGCUGCGGUUCCUCCAGUGUCUCCGACCUCGUCCGUCCCCGCUCCGCCGACUGCUGCCGUCGUUGGCGGCCGCACGAAACCGUCCAGCCGCAGCGAAACCGACAAGGAAACAGCGGCCCAUCAGGACUUCCAGGUUCCGACGCUGGGCCCAACUGUCGUGCGGACGGAGAGCCAGUUGGCCCGGUUCAACACGGCCAGAGCUUUGUUCGAAAAGCUGGGCUUUGACGACAAGAAGUCGGAUCCAGGGUCCAAUAAGGGCGUCGAGAAGAGUUUGAGCGGGCGGUCCAGCCGGGUGGGCAGCGAAAGUUCCAGGCAUUCGCAUUACUCGUCGCGUUCGCCUUCACCGUUGUCGACGGAGCGGCACCAAUCGGCUCCCGGGAUCCGGACGGGCCGCUCUCCGUCGCCCAGCGCGACGCCGGCGUCGGAUCGCAACCGAGGCAGCUCGGUGGAUGCGUUGCGCUCCACUCGGACGGAACGGAAGCCGCCGCCCACCAACGGCCACGAACACAAAAUGGAAACGGUUCAAGUCCAGGUGGUCAACAAAGUGGCUAUGCCUCCCAGCAAGCCCGAGCCGCCGGCCAAGACGGACAAGGCCCGAAUCUCGAGCAAGGAGCUGAUUGAGAAGCAGAAGAAUUGGAUCCAGCAUUUCAAGGGCAGUUCCAAACCGGCACAGGUGCAGGUCCAGCAGAGUAAGCCGGCCUUGAACCAGGAGGCCAUCAACCGGAUCAACAGCGAAAAGAAGGGUCCUUCGCCUCUUCCGGCCAAUUCGCCCAUCAGCAAUGAGAAGGAGAAAGAAGCCUGGGUCAAGGAACGGGCUGGAUUACUCUCCGGAUGGAUGGCCUCGCCAGCCGUACCCCUUCCAGUCUCACCUACGCCUCCUGCCAACAACGUCUCUGAGUCCAGCAAAGAGAGCUCCUAUUUCCUAUCGGCCCGCCAACGCUUCGAGGCUCAGACCAAGUUGACGGAACGGGUCACCACCACCAGUAUUUCUAGCACCACCACCACUUCGUCCAACCGGAUACUGAACCAGUCGGCGGAUAAUCUCAAUGAAUCCUUUGAAAUCCGGAGUAACAGCAGCAACAGUUCGCAGUCUGUCCGUACGGUGGAACUCAACGAGACGACCAGCCUCAACAAAUCGUUCCGCUCGACGACGUCCGCCGAAACGCCAAUUCCUUCCGUCGAGCUGGAUAAGGAGGAGGAGGAGGAGGAUUGCAGCCGGAAAAAUGGCGUCGGCGGAAGCGAUUUGCUCAGCACGGACAGCGGCAUCGUUGUCCUUGCCGUUGAAAACGUGACGACCGAGAAGGUGAUCGAAGAAGCGCUGGACCGGAUCGACUGUGAGAAUCCCGUCUCUCCUCCACCUGCUUCCGUUCCUGCUGGCCAGGUUUCGUCUUCCCAUCAGUCUGAGAAGGCGGCCUCGCUCAACAGCAGCCUCCAGGAAAACGAGGAGGUUUUCUACGACAAUUCGGUGACCAGCGCCCGUUUCGACGAGUGGCAAUUGCGUACGCCCACCCAGCUGGACGACUCGCCCGUCUUCAAGAGCGCCACUUUGGACUUCGACGCUCUCGUCUCGGACGGAGACGAAGCCAAGCAGCUGGAGCCCGACGACGAGGAACUCUUCCGCACCAGUUCCGAAAUGUCGGAAACGGAUCUGUCGCCGCUCAGCAGUCCUCCGCCGGAAUUCUGCAAAGAGCCAGUCAGUCCAGCACCUCCUCCCAUCAUCGUUCAAACGAACAAUGUUGAGGAUGACUUUGAGGAGCCCGCCGCGCCCAUCAUUCUGGCGCCGACGGUUGUUGAAGGCACCAAUCGUUACGUUCUCCAGCUGGAAGGUUUCUCCGACAUGCUGGAAUCUUCCGACGACACUGCCGUCGACAGCCUGGAGCCGGAGCUGGUGGAAAUCGCCAGCACCCACGACCAAUCGCAUCCCGAAUUGGAACUAGACGAGAUUCAAAUGUCACCGGCCAUGGAACAGGAAGUCACGGUCGUUGUCAUGCCCACCAUUCCGCCCAAUCAAGCGGCGGCGGAAGUGGAUGAGCCAGCUGCGGAGGAAGAGAGCGAGAUCUACCUCCGGCGGCCGCAGUUCCGCGUCGACGUGGAAUCGUCGGAUGUCGAAUGCGAUUCCGACGAACUUUUAAUGACAUCCGAAGAGGCCGACAGUCUCCUGAGUUCCAGAAUUUUGGAAAAACGUGUCAAAUCGGGGCAGACGGCGACCAACGCCCAUGAAGGCGAGUCCAUCUCCUUAGAGCCGGACAGUCUGGAACCGGCGCCCAUCAGCGCCGGUGGCAACAGCGGCAAAUUGUUGAACGCCAAUCAGCCGACGACGACGAUGGGCAACGUCAAGAGCAAAUCGACGCUGGAAGAUAUCGACGAAGUGUCGGUGACCAAUGUGACUGUCGCCGUGGCUGGCCCUUCCAUUUUGGAUCAGAUGGCCGAAGACGUGCCCUGGGCCGACGACGAUUCGUGGCAGGCCACCAACCAGCCGGACACGCCAAUCCGCCAGGAUGAAACGGACAAAUCGGUGGCCCCAGUUGAGGAUUCGUCCAUGACGGGACCUUUCGUCGACGAAGAUGGCGUCCACUACCUCCACGACGGCCAUUAUUGGCUGGAAAUGCCCGGAUUACCACCGGCCGAAGAGACUCCUGUGCCUCUGAUCAUCACCAACGGCGAACCUGAGCCCAGGAGCCGAAACAUUCGUGUCCGUUUCACCACCGAUCCCAUCCGAGUCUACAGCACAUUCUCCGUCAACGAUUACGACCGGCGUAAUGAAGACGUUGACCCAGUUGCCGCAUCGGCCGAGUACGAGCUGGAGAAACGGGUGGAAAAGAUGGACGUUUUCCCCGUCGAACUGAUCAAGGGCCCCGAAGGAUUGGGAUUGAGCAUCAUCGGAAUGGGCGUGGGUGCCGACGCUGGACUGGAGAAGCUCGGCAUCUUUGUCAAGACGAUCACGGACGGAGGAGCCGCGGCCCGCGACGGCCUCAUCCAGGUCAACGACCAAAUUAUUCAGGUGGACGGCCAGUCGCUGGUCGGAGUGACUCAGGCUUACGCCGCUUCCGUCCUACGCAAUACUUCCGGUCUAGUCCAGUUUCUCAUUGGACGCGAGAAUGAUCCCCAGAACAGCGAAGUGGCCCAACUCAUCCGCCAAUCCGUCCAGGCUGACCGUGAACGUGAAGAUCGUCGUCGGGCCAUGGAAGCCGAGUUGACACGUCAUUUCAUGAACAACGUGGCGGAAGAGCCUGACAUGAGUUCUGGCGCCGGGCCACCGCCUUACGUAAGCGCCCCGCCAUCUUAUCACAGCAGCAAUAGCGCCCCAGCAUCUCUAGCGUCCAGCCAUCCCGCACCAGCCUCGCCGGAAGCGAGCUUAGCUGUUGGUACCAAUUCCAUCCCAGGCGUCCUCAACGCCCAGGAGGAAAGUGUCCAGGUUCUUCAACAAAAGCUCAAAGAGGCCGUGACCCGCUCCGUCAAAGCAGAAAGUGAACUGCUCAGCUUGAAAAAGCGGCUUACGGAAUUGGAGGCCAACAGCCGACACCAGGAAGCCGAGUCCAGCAGUAACGUCCGAGAAUACGAGCGAGCCUUGUCCGGUGUCCAGCAGGAAGUCACUGCCUACCAAACGGUCCUGGCCCAAACUCAGACCCAGUACAGCUCACUGGAGGAUAAAUACAACAAGGCCAAGCAGAUGAUCCGGGGGAUGCAGGAGCGGGAGCGAGAAGUGCUGCUGAAGGUGCGGCAUCGUGAGGCCGGCUUCCACACGCUCCUCCAGGCCCUGCAGCAUCGCAUGCAGCUACUGGAACUUCAUUUGGUUGAAGCCCAGAGAGCCGCCGGUUUGCCCGUCUCCAUCCCACCUCCUCCGCCCAAUCUGGGCGGACUCCUCUCUGUCGGAUUUGUCGAAACUUCGCUGAGUGACGUCACAGACUUGUCCAUCCUUGACAGCAGCCAGGCAGACUCGUCCCUGGCCGUCGAGCUCAAGGAAGAGCUGGACAGGGUCAUUCCUCCUCACGAGCCGCUGGACACAUCAGCCGCCCGUGGACGGGCCGAAUUGGCUUCCCGUGGUGGCAUGGCCCUGCGUCAGUCACCGUCCCAGGGACUCAUCCGCCGAUCCGGCUUGGGUGGAGGAGGCGCCAGCAUGUCGUCAACGUCGUCUUUGGAACACAGUUUCAUCGAAGAAUCGUCGCGACUGGAAGUGGAUUCGAUGACGGAAUCGACGGGCCACGACCGCUCGCAAGAAUCCAUCCAGUUCCACGAAGCUUUUUUUGCUUCCGCCUCCUCUACGACGACCAGCGCUGGUCGAUCGGCCGUCACCAGUCGAUCCCAACAGCAAGUCCAGCAAGUCUACUCGACCAGCUCUCAGCAACAACAACAAUACUACCAACAACAACAACAGCAGCUACAACAGGAGGCCACCCAGCAGCUCCAGCAGCAGCAGCUUUUACAGAUGCAGCAAAUUCAACAGCAACAAGCCCAGCAACAAGCCCAACAACAAGCCCAACAACAAGCCCAACAACAAGCCCAACAACAAGCCCAACAACAAGCCCAACUUCAGCAACAGCAACAACUCCAACUUCAACAACAACAACAACAACAGCGUCACUACCACCACUCUGCCACCGUAUCGUCCGUCAAGGCUGAAGAGCUGCACCAGUCGACGACGACGUACUACCAGCAGCACGAGCACCAACAUUUCACGACAACGAAUAGCAGCGCCAAUAGCGGCGGUUACGUCAACGUCCAGCAACAACAACAACACUCCCAACCGCCUCGUUCACUGCCACAACAACAACACGUCAACGAGCAACUGAAGCAGCUGCUGGCCGAGCGGGAAUUCUUGAGGGAACAUUCCAACGUCAACUCUGGCGGAGGAGAACCUCCGGUUGUUCCCAGUCGACUCCAGCCGGCCACUUCGUCCAACCGCAGUAUGGGUCGAUCGGUAGCGCCGGAACAGCAGAGGCCCGUCCCACCGCCCCAUCAACCACCCAACGUUUUUUAUCCGGUCGGCAGUUCGGUACAAGACGGUCGGCCCGCCGCCCUGGACUCCCAGAUGAGGGGCUCCAUGCGCUCGAAUCCGACCAGCGCGGCCGUCACUCCGGACGGCGGAGUGGUACGGAGUAACAGCGCCAGUGGGAUGACGGACUCGCUGACGUCGUCGAUCGUGUCGAUCUCGUCCAACUCAUCGUCGCACACUCCGUUCCAGCAGUCGCCCGUCUCGGACUGGAACGUGGAACACGUCGGCAAUUGGCUGCGAUCCAUCGGAUUGGAGACGUACGUUGUCCAUUUCGCGGCCAACGGAGUGCGCGGCGAAGAGUUGUUGACGAUGGAGUCGCCCCGGAUCAAGUUACUAGUGCCGCAGGCGGCCGAAAGGGCCCGACUCAAGCACCGACUCAAGGAGCUCCGAGCGGCUGCCGACAAAGACAAACGCAACCGCGAACGGGAGCGCAAGGAAAGGGAAAAACUCCAGCGCAAAGCGGAGAAAUUGGCCGAGAAAGCGUCCAGGAAAAAGUGAAAACGUCUUGGAGUUUUUUUACUUGACUUUGAUUGGCAACUGACCAAAAAAACAACAACAAUUCUGAUGGAUGAAAAAGAAAGCGAAAUAUUAUUAUUGCAUUCCAGCCCAACACCCAAUUAUUAUUUUUUUUUCAAUUAGAUUUAAACAAAAUUUGAUGGGGCGGCAGCUGCCACUAUUUUAUUUAAAAUUUCGUAAUUUCUGCUUUAAUUAUUCGUCCCUAUUAUUUUGUUAUUUGUAAGAUUUUUUUUUUCUUUUGAAUGUCAACUUUUUUCCUUUCGUCUGUUUUUAAAAUUGAAGUGAUUUUCGAUGGAUGUAGUGGAAUGAAUCAAAUGUUUGUCCAAAAUUUUUGCUAGCGAGAUUAUUGUCUUGAUCUCCGCCUACUUUUUAAAAAACUAGAUUGGUGUGUGCUCCUCCCACUCACCUUAUCACGUGCAAAUAACUUGUAUAGUGUCAAUUUGUUUCUCGUCUUUGUUUCGCUAUUAUUUUUCUUCAUUUCUUUCUAUCUCUCUUAAUGAGUUUGUGUAUAACAGACUGGAAUUGAACCCGGAAGAGAUUCUCUUUCUGCAAUUUACUUGACUCGACUCGUUCAAGAUCAAAACCCGGAUGAGUUUAUUUUGUUUUCAACUCGACUUUGAAAUUUAUUUAAUUUCUUUUUUUUUUUUUUCGUAUGUGCGCUCUCUCUACCCUUUUUUGUGUGUGGUUUCGAUGAAUUAGCCGGCGCUCCGUUUGUUAUUUUGUCGAUGAUGGAUAUAUUCCUGCUCUCUCUCUCUCUCUCUAUCCCACCCCCAAACUGUUUGUCUCUUCAACUCUUGAAAUGAAAUGAAAGAACAAUUGUACAAUUGGCAUUCAGUGACGUUGUAAUAAUAAAUGAAAAGGGUAUUUUA